AUGGAGAAAGAAGCUGAUUUUGGGAGAACACGAAGAAUAUGGUAUAUUGCCGGAGUUGUUGCAGGAAACUUAUUAAGUUACUAUCUACGAGGCCUCUUUUAUACUAGAAAGUCACAAAUUUGGAAUGGAUGCCCUUUUAUUAUAUUUAAACGACCAUGGAUGGGUACUCUCGUAAUGACAAUAGGUAUUUCGCUUUGUACACUUGUUUAUUAUAUCAAAACAUUGUUAGAUCCAAAAAAUCAUCCAAAAUUUUCUCAUACACCCACUUACAUCUAUCUAUUCAUUGCUUUAAUAGCAUUUUUAGACAUAUUUAUUUCAAUAGUUCCAUCAUAUACAAUUUCCGAAAAUUUAGGUCCAUUUUCAGUUGCAACUCGAUAUUUUGAUCUAUUAUUCAUCAUUAUUAUACAGAAUGUAUUCAUGACGCCAAUUCGUUAUGCAUAUCAAUGGGUUUCUCUAGGAAUUGUUGCAUUUGGAAUUGUUUUUGUUGCAGUUGGAGUCUUUAAGAAUAAAGAAACAAGACUAAAGCUAUUACCUUCUUUGUUACAAUUAGCUUCACAGCUGUUUAUUUCAAUUAGAACUGUUUUGAUCCAAAAAGUUUCGCAUGAAAAUGAUAUAAAUCCUUGGUUUUUAACUGGAUUCGAUGGAAUCUUUGGAUUCCUCAUUGUUCUCUUCGGAGGAUAUCCUUUAGCAUAUUUCCUACCCGAAAAAUCAUUCUCUUCUCUUCAUGAAAACCUUUGUUCUUCUGCUUUAUUGACUUUUCAUUCGAUUUCAAUCAUUAUUUUAUUUUUGAUUUAUAUUCCAAUAACAUGCAUAUAUAAUGCAUCUAUCACGGGAACAAUCACUACUACUAAUGCUGUAGGAUACACGAUUGUUGAGAUGAUUUGUGGAUCAAUAAAUUGGAUUAUAGAUUUGAUAAUUUUUCAUGCUUUCAAUGGAAAGUUCAUUCUGGAAGCAGAUAAAAAGUUUGGCGUUGAAUGA